CGUCUGUGUUCACACUUGUUAUUUGCACUUUAAUAUAUUUCGCUGAAUUAGAACCGUCGGUUAUUAUUUUUUUACAUUAAAUAAAUCUUGUGGCUCAGGUUAGAAAAUUAGGGACUGAGGUUCACCCAUUAGAGGUUAGGAUAUAGUAUCAUGCUCCAAUCGCCGUUUAAUUCAUGCUCUAAAUAGUAAAACUCGACAGAAGUAUGGUAGUGUGAACGCAGGUGUACAACGUAUAUCUGUCGUACGCUAGUCUGUACCAUAUAUAUAAUUUAUUUGGUAUUAGAGAUUUUCUUAAAUAUUAUGGCAAAAUCGACUUAAACUAGUCAAAGUUGAUCCGCCCAUAAAAUCUCAAACCAUUUGUCGAAACGAAAUGAAGGCUUAAUCGGGUUUGACAACCUUGAGAAGACUAUAAGGCGGUUACCUCAUCCGACGAUCCAGAUUGGUCUGCCACCUAAACUACCAGACUACCACCACCUCCCCAAACAAAACCAGAACAAGGAAAAAACCAAAACCAAUUUUUUUCUUAUCGGCGGCCGUUCAUCGAUUCACUAUUAGCAUCGUCUUCGUCACAAAUAGCUGUGCUGUCCUCUUGCUCCCAAAUUCCCUUCCGAUCUUCCAAAGAAGCGGAAUCUCACUCGAAGAUGUGCUGUGGACGUCAAGGCGGCUCCUUAUCGCCGCGAGAUCUAACCCACCGCUCCCGCAACCGCCGGUCGCCGGGCGACGACACCGAAGACGAAGACGACAGCGAAUCGGUGAUCGAAGAUCUACGCGGGCGACUCGCCGAGACGGAGGCAAGGCUCGAGCGUGCUAGGGCUCGGGAAGCUGAGCUCAGCCGGCGGCUGGAGGAAAUGAGGCGGUUUGUCUCGGUAAUGGAGAUUCUCGAGUCGUAUCUCAAGCGACGGUUCCACGAGCAACAAGAACGAGUUGCCUGUCUAUUCUCCUCUCUCGCUGCUAGAAUGAAGGGUCUCAAGCGGUGAUUUCUCUCCACGCAUGCCCUUCCUCUGUAUCAUUUCGCCUUCCUGCUGUUUGGAUUGAAUCGUCCAGGGCAUAUAAUCUUCUGUAAUUUGAUCAGCUGUAGUUGAUUUCCGGCUGUGUUUGCCAAAUGUUUGGUAAAGGUAAUACACAGCAGAUAUUCCAAAGAAUGUUGACUCUUCUCCAUAGCUUGAUUUGCCUGAGUUUCGAUCAUGGAUCCAUUUCCUGCUUCCCAGAGAUUCUCGCCCAAUUUACCAACAAAUUCUAUGAUGAAAUUGGUAUUUCGUCUUGGGAAGAACACCGAAUACCUGCAAAUUCAGUGGUUUUGGUUGCAUCAGUUGACGGGUUUGGGUUGGACUUGAUCAUUUCGUCCAGAAUCGGUAAACUAGCAUCUACCCCGUGCAGAGUGUUGACCUAAGAAACUGCUUUAAUUUGCUUCUUUGAUUAAUGGCAGAUAGACUCCAUUUGAGUUGUUGGUUCUUUGUGGUUGAGCGCUGUGGCAGUUGAAGUUCUCAACUUUUCAUGGCUAUGUUGUGUUGAUAUUGGGGACAUUGUAUCUGGUUUUGCUUUGGCUAUUCGUUCUUAAGAGCUUUGAAGUUAGAAGUUCUCUCCAGGGCAAGCAGGGUUUCUGAAAGCUCCAAGAUGUGUGUUAGAGGUUAGUGUGAGGAUUGGUGAGGAUGAUUUUAAGGGAUUAGCCAUCUUUGCCAGUAGAUAAAUUGGAUCAUAAGCCUUCAAGGGUUACAUAGCUUAUCUGGUUAGUGAAGUUCUCUACAGAUGAUGGAUAUGGUGAUGUAGAAUCUGGUAUCUAAGAUGAAACCCUAACUCCAUCCCCCAAAGUUCCAUCGUGUGUGUGUCUGUGUGUCUGUGUUUGGGCUAGGAAGAUGCAAUUGAUUUUUGAAUAAGUAGCUUAAGUGGUAGAUGUGUCUGAAACAUUGUGAUGUUGCUUUCUAUACAGAUGGCUACGAGACAUCCGGACCAAGAUCAAUUUGGGAAAUCCGGUGUGUUAGGGCAGGGCGGCCAGAUUGAUGCGCAUUGUUCUGUAUAUCAUGGUUGUCGAGGCAUCUGGCAAAGAAGUGGACUGAACAGCCAAAGAUGGAAUCAUCCUGAACUCGCUUGGGAUCAGGGGCGAGGAAGCAGGAGUUGCAUUGCUCAUAAGAUAAGAUGAGUCAACGGCCAUUACAUUAUCGAACAGAAGCUAUCCAUCCAAAUUUCAGGUUUUGCCGACAGGUUUUGGAGGGGAUGAUGAUGAUGAUCGACGAAGAAGGCAGUCAUUUGCGAUCAUGAGAAAAUGGAAAUAGAAUACCCACCCCAGUCAUUUGCAAUGGAAGGCGGCCAAAGAUAAUUAUAAACUAGGGAAAAAAAAUCCUAAAAUACACAUGUUUUUAAAAAAAAUUCUCAAAAUACACAUGUUAUAAAAAAUUUUCUCAAAAUACACAUGUUUGGGCAUCACCGCUGUUGUCAACCGCAGUGAAUUGACAGUGAAUGUAUUCACCGCGGCCGACCAAAGCGGUGAAUGCAUCACCACGGUUGACAGCCGCAGUGAAUGCCUGAAGUAACACUGAAACUUCAAACAAACGUAACUUUGCGCUCGGUUAUUCGAUUGUAGCGAAAUUUUUUUUGACUCCACAUAACUUUUCAAGAUCUUUAAAUCUGUAACAAGACUUCAUCCCAAAAAAAAAUCAUUUGCUACCCCGAACGAGCAAUUUUUCGAUUUUGACAAACUUUGGAAGAUCAUAACUUUGUGCUCCACAAUCCGAAUGUCAUGAAACUUUUUUUCGAUUUUGCAUAAAUUUUGAAGUACUACAACUUUUAUUAUAACCCUAAUUUUGGAAAGUAUGUGGAUUUUUGAAAAGUAAAGGCAAAGUUAUUCC